CCCUCGUCUCAGGCCCAUAUUGCGUUGUCAAAUGGGAUGCUUUCAACUGGACUGCACAGAUAACAGCUGCUAUUCUUCUGAGCACCUAGGUCGGUCCUUCAAUAUGCGAUCUACGUUGCGCCCUAUUUGCCGUCUCUAUUUUGAGAUGACGGCGCUUGUAGCUGCCAUGGCCCUGGAUGCUCCUUAAAUGAUGGCCUGACGCCUAUUUUGGGCAUUGAAUCAAACUACUGUCUCUCACUCCAGUCUUGAUCUCUUCGUUGUUGAUUUUCUAUGUGGUCUGCAUAUUGUUCUUUGUCUUUGUCUACAGUCCUUUCAGCUUCCGAGUCUGGCUCUCUCGUGAUUAGGUUCCUUUGUUGUUGGGAAGACUCAUUUCUAAUCGACUAAUCUCUUCCUGAACUUAUCUUUUCUGGGAUUAAUAGUACAUACUGCAAAUCUGUAUCCUGAAGAACCCUUGAUAUUGCCAAAUGGCGAGGUCAAGUUCCACUGCGUUCUUGGUGGCCUUCACCACCGUUGUGACCACCAUCUCACCGAGCUAUGCAUUCAACAGCCUGUUGAACCGAGCCUCUGACUCCUGUCCAGCAUCGUACGAGCAAUGCAACAACUCCAAUCUGCCAUCCUCUUUUUGCUGUCCGUCCACAUCGACCUGCGUGAGUCUGGAUAACGGAAGUUCCGCCAUCUGCUGCCCCAGCGGGCAAAGUUGCGCCUUUAUUGAGCCGAUCACUUGCGAUGUGUCACAGCAAAAUGCCACCCUCCACCCAAAAGCUGUGGUCAAGACAAUACGGCUUGGUGAUACUCUGCCGAAGUGCGGGGAUUCAUGCUGUCCUUUCGGAUACAGCUGCCAAAGCAAUAGCAUUUGCGCCAUGAGCACGUCGAGAUCAACAACAUCUACGACAUCUACAGCACCGACAAGUGCAACUGCUUCCUCGAAAGUCACAGACACCGCAUCCUCGACCAAUGGUGUCCAGCCGACCAUCAUAACGGCAUCUGACCCAGCAGAUCCAUCAGCCUCCAGUGCUGCUUCUAGCUGCCAUGGACCUUCAGCCGCUAUGGCGAGCGCAUGCCCUUCCUUCCCAACGAAAGCGAUCAUUGCCGGCUUCUUUCCUGGCGCCGCCUUCGGAGCCGUCCUCGCACUGCUGGCAAUGUUCCUCAUGAGGCGACGUAAAAAUAACCUACCCCCAUCUGUGAAGAUUGCACAGCACACCCAGAGAACAUUGAGCGGCACACUCAUUGGAAUCUCCGACCCCAUCCCCUCGGAAGAGAACGCCUACCGCACCGACUUCCUUCUGCGAAGAUCCCUGAAACGCAACUCCGAAGGCGCACGCUCAAUGCUCCAACGCACAGGGACACGCGUCAAGAGCCUGUUCGGCUCAACACCCAAGCCGAGCCAGAUGGCAUCGAAGCCACCCCCGUUGCCGGUGACCCCUCCGCAGCAGGCCCGCAUGCCCAGUACGGAGAGUAUCAAGGUCUAUACGCCGCCGGGGACGUUCGCCUCGACGGGCGUUCUCAAGCCAGAGCCGUAUCCGACCAUCGUCGUGGGGAAUGGUGCAAGCUUCACCGAGAUGAUUGAUCAGGUAGGGUUUAAGAAUAGCAAGGGUGAUCCGAGCUACACGGUCAAUGAGACCCCCAGGUCACGGAGCAAAAGUCCUCUUCGUCGCCUUUGUUGA